UCGUCCAUCCAUUUUGUAGAAGAACACUAAAAUAAGUAAUGGGACAAGGCCAAGAGCAGAAGAUCCGACCAGAACCCCAAAUAGAAAUUCAGGAAAGGGGUGAGAUAUUUUUCUUCUAUCGGUCCAAAGUUAACAAGGAAGAAGCUCAUAGUGCUGAUGACGUACAGCGUCUCUACAUCAUCAUGCGACCAGAGUCUGGUGAAAGGGCCGUCGAAGUGAAGCAACGAAAGGACGGUGGCAGCCAGGAAGUAAACAUUGAAGAGCAACCAUUGUUUCGUUUUACCGUAAUGGGACGAAAAAGCCUCCCUGAUCCGAACGAGAAAAGCAGGCCAUAUUGGGGUUUUGUAGAAAUGGUUACCACAAAUGCAGAUCAUGUGAAAAAUGCUCUUAAAGGAGGAGAGUAUGAAACUAAGAGUAGAGGAAAGAGACAUACUAGUGAUGCCAGAGCAUUGGGAGAAGGCAUAUACCGCAUUUUAAGGCACAAAGCAGAGAGUGGGAAAAGAAGCCACACCCAUUUAAUCUACAAGUUAGAAUUUCCAGGUGAAGAUGAGAAGAAUGAACCCCAGGAAGCAAUCAACAUUGAACGUGAGGGAUCGUUCAUAAUUCAAAUAAAGAACCCUGAAGAAAAAGUUGGUGCAGGUGGAGGUGGUUUGCAAAAGAAACGCAAGGCGAUGUUCCCGGCUCACCUGCAAGGACAAUUAGGUCAUGUCAGAUUCGCCCCAGCUGACCCACCAGACUUUCUAAACUAUGAAGGAUGCGAGUUUUUGCUCAUAUCUGCUUCUGACCAUAUUGAAGAUGAGUUGGGUCUUGAGCUUCUGACUGAAGAAGGGGAGCAUGAUGCAUCCUGCUCUGAUCUCCUCGACACUUUUAAAUUUGAAGACACUGCAACUCCCUCUACUGUUCCCCUUCUCAAGGGAAUUUGGACCUGAAAUCAAAUCAAUAUAAAUAUAGCUUUCGAAUAGUAUAGUCAUGUAUGUUAAUAUUGUUAGAUGCGCAUAUCUAUAUAUCUUUUGUAGUUUCCGCGUUCAGUGUCCAAAAUCAAGAUAUUGAGUGUAAGACUCCUUCUUUUCAUUUAAUCCGUUAUUAUAACUCAAUAUCAUACUAGUCAUCCA